AUGCUGAGCCAGGCCUGUGCUCUCCCCGGCCCGGUGGGAGGCAGGUACACCGCGUCUUCCCCUGAGUCAGGCCCGGGGGUUCGGUCCCGGAUGCGCGCGCUCGCUCGCCGGGAACUCCGCGCUCCCCAGGCGGCUCCUCCCGAGGCUGCGCGCCGAGCCGAGCGGAGGCCUGUGAAGUGCUGGGAGCUCAAGCAAAGGACGGCGGUGCGGGAGAGCCAGAGACGCUCCAUCUGCUGGGAGUGA